UCUCCCUAGUGUGCUCGUUCGUUCUUCUUCGUGUGUAGCUGAAAAAAUCUACCAAAAAAACAGUAAAAAAUAAAAACGAGGCUCACACAGUACAUUUUUGCAAAAUAUAAUAGUGUUUAGCCAAAUUUUCUACAAAACGAAUGAUAUAGUCGCAAAGUGAAGAACUAAAUUUCAAGUUGAGAAAACAAACCCACCAAUCAACCGAACGACGACCGACCAACGCUCGAUACAAAUACAAUUAAAAAUACCAGCAGCGAAGAGAACAAAAGAAAAAAUAUGGUUGACAUAAUAAAUAUUGACAGCAUCAUAUCGCGGCUCUUGGAAGUGCGUGGGGCUAGACCAGGCAAAAAUGUCCAGUUAUCGGAGAGCGAAAUACGAGGACUUUGCCUCAAGUCGCGUGAGAUUUUCUUGUCGCAGCCAAUACUUUUAGAAUUAGAGGCCCCAUUGAAAAUUUGCGGUGACAUUCACGGUCAAUACUAUGACUUGCUGCGUUUAUUCGAGUAUGGAGGUUUUCCACCCGAAUCAAAUUACUUAUUUUUGGGCGAUUAUGUCGACCGUGGAAAGCAAUCAUUGGAGACGAUCUGUUUGCUCUUGGCAUACAAGAUCAAGUAUUCGGAAAAUUUCUUCUUAUUGCGUGGUAAUCACGAAUGUGCCAGCAUUAAUCGUAUUUAUGGCUUCUAUGACGAAUGCAAACGCCGAUACACAAUUAAAUUGUGGAAAACCUUUACCGACUGCUUUAAUUGUUUACCAGUAGCGGCUAUUGUUGACGAAAAAAUAUUCUGUUGCCACGGCGGUUUGAGUCCCGAUCUCUCAUCAAUGGAACAAAUCCGGAGAAUCAUGCGUCCAACUGACGUCCCAGAUCAAGGUUUGCUGUGUGAUUUGCUAUGGUCCGAUCCCGACAAAGACACUAUGGGAUGGGGAGAGAAUGAUCGCGGUGUCAGCUUCACUUUUGGCGCUGAGGUUGUAGGUAAAUUCUUACAGAAACAUGAAUUCGAUCUUAUUUGUCGUGCCCAUCAAGUGGUUGAGGAUGGAUACGAGUUCUUUGCCAAACGACAGCUGGUAACAUUGUUUUCAGCACCAAACUACUGCGGUGAAUUCGAUAAUGCAGGCGCCAUGAUGUCCGUUGACGACUCUCUUAUGUGCUCCUUCCAGAUCCUGAAGCCAGCCGACAAACGUAAAAAGUAAAUUAACCGCAGAUACAAAUGAGUGCAUCAAAAUACUUCCUCCUCCCCAUAUCUGCAUCAUUUAAUAAAACAUAUUUUUUCAAUUAUUUUCGCGAGCAUGUUCACUUCUAUAGACACGAUCAAAACGUUGAUUUAUUAAGAUGAUGUUGUUUUUUCUUUUUUAUUAAUCUAUUCUGACAAACAUUAAAUAUUAUGAUAUUGCUCCGCAAGCUCUUUGUUCUGGACAUUCAUUUCUAGUAUUCAUUGAAUUAUAAGAAGGUAGGAACCAAGCAAAAAAGAAAGAAAAUCCAUAACUUAUUGUAAACUAAAGUAAUAAGCAUAGGACUUCACCUCAUUUUGUUGUGCUUACAAAUUCUAAAAAGAUAUGUAUGUAUAUGAAGAUGAUUUCAAAACAGUUUUUUUCUUCUAUUUUUAUAUUCCGGAACAAACCGCUUUAUUUUAUUCUUAUCAUGGCCCAUAAUUAUUAUAGUAGAUUGCUCAUUCAAGGUAUUUGAAUGAAACUUUCAGUUUCUAUCAUCUUUGAUGUCUUCAGAAUAACAUCUUUUGAUGUAUACACUAAGAAAGAAUGCAAAUACCUUAUUUUUGAGCCGAAAUCCAAACAAAUUAUUCGAUGUAUUAAUCUAUGUAUGAAAUCACAAGAGAAAUAUCCUUUGUAUUAUGAAUAAAAUAAAAAGUAAAUUAAAUAAAAAUAA